AUGUCAGUAGACAUUGACUGGGACACUAUCACCUGUGGCCCGGAUGGGACAGCUCUUGCUGCGAAGAUACGAGAAUUUGUUCAUCAAAAAUUCCAGCAGGUCACACUUCCCCGGUUCAUCAAUUCAGUCCAUGUCCAUUCAUUCGAUUUUGGAAAAACUUGUCCGGAGAUCGAGAUAAAAGACGUGUGCGACCCAUUGCCAGACUUUUACGAGGAUGAAGACGAAGACGACGAGGAUGACGAAACUGGAAGUACUGGAGCUGAAGAAAGCCCCGGAAGCCUGGCCUCAAAUGUUGGAACCCCUGCUGGUGCUGGUGCUGGAUCGCACUUCGACCCUGUCAAAGCGGAUCCGCUGGCCCAAGGAAAGUUACUUGCACGCCCGCAACUUGCGAACAUUCUAACAAGAGCAGACUCUGCUGCUCAUGGGAUGACAUCGACGGCGAAAGACCACUAUGGCCUAAGCGCCGACCCAAUGGCCGGCCCGUUCCCUCGAAGUAAUACGCCUGGUAUUCCGGGAGGAACCUCCAAUUUGGGCUAUUUCCAUUUCCCUGCUGGAGGCCUGUCCGGGGCGCAGACUCCGCUAGCUGCUGUGGCAAGUGGAACACCAUUCACCCCCAGACCAUGGGCAUACGACUUUGGUCACGGUAACAUGCAUGCCGGGUUAGGUGACAGAACUACUGGUCUUCGAAAAGGUGAACGAUCCAUUAACUCUCGAGAUGAUCCUUCGACCAGGCCUUCUACUGCGACCAGCAUAUCGUCGCCUCUUGAAUCAGAGUCAGGGCUGUCAUCACCCCGGCUUGGUUAUGCAUCACAUGGGCAAGGAGCCAGCGGUACACAAGCGGAACUUGACGCAGAGUCUCCUCUUUCGCCUCUGAGAGUGCAAAGCAGACAGCCCUCAGAUGUCCAGGUCGUCACAAGAGUCAAAUAUUCCGGGGAUGUACGCAUGACUCUCACAGCAGAAAUCCUACUGGAUUAUCCGAUGCCAAGUUUUGUCGGGAUUCCCCUCAAGCUCGCUAUUACUGGUAUGACUUUCGAUGGUGUGGCGAUUGUUGCCUUGAUCAAGAAGAAGAUGCACUUCUGCUUCCUGGAUCCUGAAGACGCAGCUGCCCUUCUUGGGGAGGUACCGGUCGAUAUACGAAAAGACAAGGGUUCUAAGGACGGUUCCAAGGCUACUUCUGCCGGAUUACUUCAAGAAAUCCAUGUUGAAAGUGAGAUUGGUAGGCAAGAGGACGGUAAGCAAGUUCUGAAGAACGUUGGAAAAGUGGAGAAAUUUGUCCUCGAACAGGUCAGAAAGAUCUUCGAAGAAGAGUUUGUCUUUCCCAGCUAUUGGACCUUCCUCGUCUAG